UAUAUAUAUCUCUUACCUGCUGAUACUAUCCUAACUAUUUUACUCAUUUGAAAAACCAAAUUCCAAGGAAGAUGAAGGUUUUUGUGUCUGUGUUUGUGGUGCUGGUGUUGUGCGGUUGUGCUGCUGCUGUUAAAGAAUGCACAAACAUUCCUACGCAAUCUCAUACUUUCACUCAUGACCUAUUGUCAUCCAAGAAUGAAACGUGGAAGCAAGAGGUGAUGUCUCACUACCAUUUGACGCCAACGGAUGAAUCUGCGUGGGCUGAUAUGCUGCCGAGGAAGUUCUUGUCGGAACAACAACAACAUGAUUGGGCGGUUAUGUAUAAGAAAAUUAAGAACAUGGGUGUGUUCAAAUCACCUGAAGGUUUUCUGAAAGAAGUGCCUCUUGAGGAUGUGAGGUUGCAUAAGAAUUCCAUCCAUGGCACAGCACAGCAAACAAACUUGGAGUAUCUGUUGAUGUUUGAUGUGGACAGGUUGAUUUGGAGCUUCAGGAAGACAGCGGGUUUACCCACUCCUGGUACUCCCUACGGAGGGUGGGAAGAACCCGGAGGUGAACUCAGGGGACAUUUUGUUGGGCAUUACUUGAGCGCAACAUCUCUAAUGUGGGCCAGCACACAGAACGAUGAGCUGAAACAGAAAAUGGCAUCUCUUGUUGCUGGUCUGUCUGCCUGUCAGGAGAAAAUUGGAACGGGAUAUCUAUCUGCAUUUCCAUCUGAGUUUUUUGAUAGAUUUGAAGCUAUUCAACAAGUUUGGGCUCCAUAUUAUACCAUUCACAAGAUUAUGGCUGGUCUCUUGGAUCAAUAUACAUUUGCUGGAAACUCUCAAGCUCUAAAAAUGGUGACUCGGAUGGUUGACUACUUCUACAACAGAGUGCAGAAUGUAAUAACAAAGUACACUGUAAACAGACACUAUCAAUCACUGAACCAGGAAACUGGAGGAAUGAAUGAUGUACUUUACAGAUUAUACAGCAUAACAGGAGAUUCUAAGCAUAUAUUUCUGGCUCAACUUUUUGACAAGCCGUGCUUUUUAGGGUUGCUUGCAGUGCAGGCUAAUGACAUAGCUGACAUGCAUGCUAAUACGCAUAUCCCAAUUGUUGUUGGAUCUCAAAGGCGAUAUGAAAUCACAGGCGAACCACUUCAUAAGGAAAUUGCGACAUUCUUCAUGGAAACCAUAAACUCUUCUCACAGCUAUGCAACUGGAGGGACAUCUGUCGGCGAAUUCUGGAGAAAUCCUAAGAGAAUAGCAGAUAACUUAAAAACAACAGAGAAUGAAGAAUCCUGCACAACUUAUAAUAUGUUAAAGGUUUCACGGCACCUGUUUAGAUGGACCAAAGAAGUCUCUUAUGCAGACUAUUAUGAGCGUGCAUUAACCAAUGGAGUGCUGAGUAUUCAAAGAGGAACAGAUCCUGGAGUGAUGAUUUACAUGCUUCCACUUGGUCCUGGGGUUUCCAAGGCUCAUACUUACCAUAGUUGGGGAACACCGUUUAACACUUUCUGGUGCUGCUAUGGAACGGGAAUUGAAUCAUUCUCAAAGUUGGGAGAUUCUAUAUAUUUCGAAGAAGAAGUGGAAAAUCCAACACUUUACAUCAUUCAGUACAUAUCAAGCUCAUUUAACUGGAAAUCUGGAAAAAUUUUGGUCAAUCAGACAAUUGCUCCAGCUGCUUCAUGGGAUCCUUACUUACGAGUCACAUUUACGUUUUCUCCAUUACAGAAAACUUCGACUACAUUGAAAUUUCGAGUACCUACUUGGACUAGUCUAGAUGGUGCCAAGGGGAUUUUAAAUGGUGAACCUUUAUCUCUUCCAGCUCCAGGAAACUUUUUGUCAAUCACAAGACAGUGGAAUGCUAGUGACAAGCUGACUCUUCAGUUGCCCCUAACCUUAAGAACAGAGGCCAUAAAAGAUGACAGGCCUGAAUAUGCAUCUACUCAAGCAAUUCUUUAUGGUCCUUAUCUACUUGCCGGUCAUUCCCUCGGUGGUGAUUGGCACCUUAAAUCUGGGGCUAAUAAUUCAGACUGGAUUACUCCUGUUCCUGCCAGUUACAAUAGUCAACUAGUUUCUUUUUCCCAAUCCUUUGAAAAUUCAACUUUUGUUUUGGCAAAUUCAAACCAUUCUCUUAGUAUGCAAAAGCUUCCUAAAUCUGGGACUGGUUUGGCUCUUCAGGCAACUUUUAGGCUUGUCCCAAGAGAAUCUUCCUCAAAGUUUUCAACAUUAGCAGAUGCUAAAGAUAGAUCAGUGAUGUUAGAACCAUUUGAUCUUCCUGGAAUGAAUGUGGUUCACCAAGGAGCAGAUAAACCUCUUCUCAUUGAAGAUUCUUCCAAUGGCAAGCCAUCUUCUGUUUUUGUUGUGGUACCAGGAUUGGAUGGAAGAAAUGAAAGCAUUUCUUUGGAAUCACAGAGCUUGAAGGGCUGUUAUGUGUAUAGUGGUUUGAGUUCUAGUGCAGGAGUGAAGCUCAGAUGCAAAUCUGAUUCUGAUGCUAAGUUUAACGAAGCCACAAGCUUUAUUUCUCAAAAGGGAUUGAGCCAAUACAAUCCUAUCAGUUUUGUGGCUAAAGGCGUAAACAGGAACUUUCUUUUGGAGCCAUUGUUCUCAUUCAGAGAUGAGUAUUACACAGUUUAUUUCAACAUUGAAGGUUGAUACAAGUUCUUCAUUUCACUUUAAAAAAUAAACACUGUAAAGGUUAAAGUCAUCAUUAUUCAAUUAAUGAAUAUAGUUGAUGAAUA